AAAAUUAUACUAUUAAAGAUUAUCAAGAUAAUGAAAAUAAAAAAGAAAAUGUAUUUCUUAUUAAAAAUAAUGAUAAAUUAGAAAAUUAUGUCAUUAAAGAUUAUCAAGAUAAUGAAAAUGAAAAAGAAAAUGUAUUUCUUAUUAAAAAUAAUGAUGAACUAGAAAAUUAUGUUAUUGAAGAUUAUCAAGAUAAUGAAAAUGAAAAAGAAAAUAUUUUUCUUAUUAAAAAUAAUAAUGAACUAGAAAAUUAUGUCAUUGAAGAUUAUCAAGAUAAUGAAAAUGAAAAAGAAAAUGUAUUUCUUGUUAAAAAUAAUGAUGAAUUAGAAAAUUUAAUUAUUGAAGAUUAUCAAGAUAAAGAAAAUGAAGAAAUAUUUCUUAUCAAAAAUAAUGAUAAAUUAGAAAAUUAUAUUGUUGAAGAUUAA